UGAAGAAGUCCUUUAUAAUGUAGUACAAUGGUUUAUUUUAAUUUAUUUGCCUUGUGUAUAUAACAAAUUUACAAAAUUAUUAAGUAUAUGUAUUGUGGUCAGCAUCUUUCACGAAACCGUACAUAGAGCACAAAAGCCCUAUAAGAUGAUAGAUCUAUUCUGUGCCUUGUCUGUGGUUAUAUUACCAAAUAAAAUGGAGGUUAUAUUCGAGGUGUAUUGUGAGAAAAUAAUGUAUGUAUACCGCACAAAAUGGUCACAAUUAUGUAUAUCAUUCGUCAUAAAGUAAUGGUACACAUUAUUCGAAAAGAGUUAGAUAAUCAAUUCGAAAUUCAGUGAAAUUUUGACCGUAAUACACCAUGAUGCCAAUGUCUAAUGUAUUUUGUCUAAUAUGCAACGUAAAUCAUGAUAUUUCAUCUUGCGUAAAUAUAUUUUGUACAUCUUUUCCUCGAGAUGAAGAGCUGUUAGUAAAUUUUAUAUCGAGGGUACUUCGUAUACCAGCUUCCGAAUUACAAGAUUCAUACGUUUGUACGCAAUGUUAUAACCUCUUCCAAAUGUUAGAACAAGCACAAAAGACUGUUUUAAAUAUACGUUGUGAAAUUUUAAAGAUUUACCAUACCAGCGAAAGAAGAAAAAAUAUUAAACAAUCAAAUGAAAUAAAAUUAAACCUAAAUACAAAUGUACUGUUAGAAGAAAGAAAAAUAGAUACAAAUAAGACUAACGAUAACUUAAAAGAAGAGUCUAGUUUACAAUCCAUCCAAUUUGAAGAAGUAGUAAAACAACAAAUUCAAAAUAAAAUAACAAACCAAAAUAUAAAUGUUUCAAAUAUAGAUUAUGAUUUUAAUAUUAAAAUUAAUGCAGAUGCAAGGAGAAAUGUUAAAAAGAAACUAAAUGGCUGUAAUGAGAUAGAUAAUACACAAUCAUUUAGUUGUAACAAUGGCCAUGAUAAAGAUGAAAUCUUAAGAAAUGAAAUAUUUUGUGAUUUGGUAACAUUAGAUAGUGAUAAUAAUGCACAUAACAUUGUUCCUGCCGAAGAAAAUAUGCAGGCAUUAAAAAUACAUAUUGAAGACAAAAAUUAUAUUUCUACAAUAAACUCAGAGAAAAUAGAAUCAAAAGAUUUUAUAAAAAUGGAUACUAUUUUUUCUAACAAUGAACUACAAGUAGAACAUAUUGAUUUUGAUUGGAAAGACUUAGAUGAAAAUGUUACAGAAAUAAAAGAGAAUACUGAAAAUACAGCAGUGACAAAAAUUGAGCAGGUAAAAAUGCCAAUGAAAUCAGGAAAAAUGGCAAAAUAUAAUCUGAAACCAUUAAAAUAUUCUUGUUCUACUUGUGGCAAAAGAUGGAAGACUGCAACUGAAUUAAAGACACAUAUAAAGACUCAUUCUACAUUGAGGCCAUAUAUGUGUGAAAAAUGUGGACAGGCAUAUAAACAUAAACAUGCACUAGAAGUACAUGUUGGAAUGCAUAAUGGAAUAAAUCCAUUUCAGUGUAAUUUUUGCAACAAAUGUUUCACACAAAAAGGAGCACUUAUGAGACAUUUACCAAUGCACACAGGUGAAAUGCCUUAUCAAUGUGAAUUAUGUGGUAAAAGAUUUGUACAUCACACUUCGUAUAAUAUGCAUAGACUAUCACAUAGUGGAAAGAAAUCCUAUAAAUGUCAUAUGUGUGAUUUAUCUUUACUUUCAACAUCUCAUUUGAAGAGACAUAUGCGGGUUCAUACAGGUGAAAAACCAUACAGUUGCACUUUAUGUGGAAAACGGUUUGCAGAACGAUAUAAUUUAUUUGCUCAUCAAAAAAUUCAUGAUCCAGUUGAAAAUAAAGCAAAGGAGGCUAAUGAAAUGCAAUACCAAUGUAGUUUUUGCAACAUAAUGUUUGAACAGAAAGAAAAUUUGAAUGAUCACAUGAAACAUCACACUAAUAUAAAUAAUAAAUCUGAUUUUAAAAAAUCGUGUUCAGUUCCACAAAUCGAACCAGAAAAUAAUGAAUUAUUAAAAAAAAUAGAUUCCGAAUACAGUGUACUGCAACAAACAUGGAUUCAAAUGAAUCAUUCCAAAUUAGAUAUUGUUGAUAAUCAAGAAAAAUUUGUACUCUUACAGAAACCGUUGCCUGACAUUGAUGAAAAUUCCUUUGCAGUUAGAUUGAAUGACCAGAAAGUAUCACUGGAAAGUACAAACUAUAACACUAAUAUACAAGUAGUAAUAGAACCUUUAAAUACAGCACUUUUAAAUACCAAUCUUCCUCUUAGCGAUAAAAUGCACAUGUGAAUGAGCAAUAAAACAUGACAUAAUUUUUACUAUUUAUAGAAAUGUCAUUAAUAUUUUAAAAACUCAAUUUAUUUUUUAUCAUAUACUUGAAUGAUUCCUAUUGUAUUUUUAAAAAUUUGAUGUUUGUAACAAUAUAAAUCAAAUCUACAAGAGUAUGUAGUUAAAUUAGUAAUAAUUAAAUACAAUAAUUAUAAAUGUUUCUUAGAUAUUUACGUCAUAAUUGAGAGUUCCUUGUAUGAAAAUAUUUCUGAAGCAAUGUGUUCAUUUUACAUUAUCAUUAAG